AUAAGUGUUUCCAGUUUCAGAUAUUUUUAUGAUGUAUUUUUUAUGCAAAAAAACAAUAAUUCUGUUUGCGUUUGUUGCUGCCCUAAUGGGCAUUGUCCGCUUUUGGUCCAACCGAGGGUAUGCCUGGUUAAUUUUGCAACGUUUUGGUAAAUUUCGCAACGUUAAUAACGUUGCAAAAUUUGCAUGUUUGAAUGGAUCUUUGGCUUGGUUGACGUCUACAGAAUGCAUAAUGGCGGCUUCCUUGGAAGUCGGGGCUAUUUCGAUAAUGACUGGUUCUGAUGAUUUGAAAACAGAAGAUACCGGGGACGAGUCGGUAGAGGAUACAAAAGAUGAUUUGAAAAAAGAUCAAGUUUCUGAGGAAGACGAACCGGCAGAGGAACCAAGAGAGCCAAGGAUUCGUGAAACGCCAGAGGACAUCAAACUCGACGCAAUUGUCAACACAUUGGCCUUCCAUCCAAAACAAGAUAUUUUUGCUGCCGGGGAUAUUGACGGUGAUAUUUACGUAUACUCCUACUCAUGCACAGAGGGGGAGAGCAAGGAGCUAUGGUCGUCUGGACAUCACCUCAAGUCCUGCAGGGAGGUUGCUUUCUCUCAUGAUGGACAGAAACUGUUCAGCGUUUCAAAAGACAAGUCAGUCCAUCUCAUGGAUGUGGAAGGGGGAAAACUUGUCACACGCAUCGCCAAAGCCCACAGUGUCCCAAUCAAUGCACUGCUGCUGGUGGAUGAGAAUGUGCUCGCCACCGGGGAUGAUGGGGGGACACUGAAGGUUUGGGACAUGAGGAAGGGCACAUCGUUCAUGGACCUGAAGCAUCAUGAUGACUAUAUCAGCGGCAUUGCUAUUGACCAGGCCAAGAGAAUGCUUCUCACCUCCAGUGGUGAUGGGACGAUGGGGGUCUUCAACAUCAAGAGGCGGCGAUUUGAGCUCCUGUCAGAGUUCCAGAGUGGGGACCUUACCUCGGUGGCCAUUAUGAAACGAGGGAAGAAGGUGGUGUGUGGCUCCAGUGAAGGGACUAUGUACAUCUUCAACUGGAACGGCUUUGGAGCCACCAGUGACCGCUUCGCUGUGAAGGCAGAAUCCGUGGACUGCAUUGUUCCCAUUACAGACAGUAUACUGUGUGCUGCCUCCAUGGAUGGAGUUAUACGUGCCAUAAACCUCCUGCCCAAUCGGGUACUGGGCUGCAUAGGGCAGCAUGUUGGGGAGCCUAUUGAGCAAAUUGCCCGCUCUCGCGACUCACGUUUCCUGGCGAGCUGUGCCCACGACCAGAUGAUCAAGUUCUGGGACAUUUCAAGUCUCCGCGACAUGACAGUCAGUGACUACCGGAAGAGGAAGAAGAAAGAUGGAAACCUCAAGUCCCUCAGCAAGAAAGCCUAUGGGGGUGGGGAUGACUUCUUUUCUGGACUGAUGGAAGAGACUGAGGCAAAACAGGAAGAGAAAGAAGAGGAUGAAGGAGACAGUGACAGUGACAGCGACAGUGAUUAAAAGAUACUUUUGGAAGUCACGCCCAUCAUAUGUUGCCAGAGGUGUUGUGUGCUAUUGGUCAAACAACUCCUGGCCAUUGCACCAAUAAACUCUUCUCAGCCGGCACUGUUGAAAGAGGCAUCUUGGCAGAGUGGAAGCUUUAGAUGGUGUAUGCUUGGGGCAUAGCCUUGGAGAUGAGAACAGCCUGUUUCAUCCACUGCUUGCAGUGUGGUUUUCUCCUGAAACAUGACUCUUCAAAAGUCUGGUGCAAUCCCAAGUUAAAAUAAAAAAUGUUUGUUAAAUGUAGAUCCCUUAGAAAAUUAGUCCCAUAGAUCUGGUUGGAUUCUGCCAUUGGAGAGCUGAGCUAUGGGAACUCAGGAUCAAGGAAGAUUCUGGGGCUGCUUAUGGGGUCAGAGGUCAAGGGUCACGGUUCAGAUUCGUCUUGCAAGAGGAAACCCCUCGGCCUGGUUUGCUGUAGUAUCUUUGCCUUAUUACCGGUAUUGUAGCAUGACAUCAUGCACAUGUAUGUAAUGUACAGCAUGACAUGGAAAUAAAAUGUUUUUUUGUUUUUUA